AUGGCUUGCAGACCGCUGCAGAGGCGCUGGCCGCCUGAACAUUUUCGGAGCACACUGCGCCCAAGAUGGGAGAUGCUUUGUGCUUAUACCUGCCCUUCUAGCUGCUCCCGACGCAACGCGGCUUCAGGGCCACCACGACGACCAGAGGAGCUUCAAGGAAAGAGGCGGCUCAACGCCCUGCAGGACCUUAUUGGACAUCUUCAGCAGAGCGGUCGAGCGGAUGUGAUUCAGGAGCUCUACCAGCUCGUGUGCAGCCACUUCGACCGUUCGGGCCGGCAGCCCCUUUCAGGCUCCACUUCUCGGAAGCCGCCUGCGGAAGAGGCGGAGCAGGACUUCAAAAGGAAGCUUCGGAAGAUACUGGAGCGAGUCAGCGCUGGAGAGCUGCUGGACGCGGAUUUUGUCUUGAAAGACGUAGAUGGCGAGCUGGACAUAGAGGAAAUGCAGGCGCGGCUGGAUGAUGCGCUGCUUCAGGAUGUUGACAUUGACAUGGAGGUGAGUGAAGAUGGAGGAGCAGCAGGCUAUUCGGACGUGCGACGAAUGAUGAGCGAACAGCAGUUGCUGCCACUGCAGGGAAGUGAGGCGCGACCUUUGCAUGAGCGCCGGGUCAUGGACGUGGAGGUUACCUUGACACGCCGCGUCAAUGGGGUUACCUGGACACGCCCUGGCGACACGUCAGCUCAUAUGCCCGAAGAGUCGAAGAGCAUUCUUCUCAGCAACCUGCCUCUCACUGCCACUGAGUCUGAUGUUCGUGCAACCCUGUCGAAAUGCUGCGGGGAAGUUGAGCAUGUGGAAGUCUGCGAGGAACUGGAACGCUGGAUUGAAUCACUUCGCAGUUCCAACGCCGAAGCAUGUGGGACAGCACCGUUGGAGGAGCGUGAGGGCCCGCUGCGCAAAGCGCCGGCUUACACUCUGCGCUACGCCCUGGUGCAGUUUCAGACCGUGAAUGCAAAGAAGAGGGCCACACGGCUGCUGCCAAGAUUGAACGGGAUCUUGUUCAAGGAGGUCUGGCGACUCAAGAAAAGGACAGCGUGGAAGGAAAGUGUUGUGGCUCGUCCAGCUUUUCCUCAGGAUGCUCGCUUGAAGCGGGCGCUCAUCGUGCGCAAUCUUCCUUGGUCGUUGCAGCCCGGCGAGGUCCUUCGACGCGUCGCAGUCACAUUGUCUUCAGACGGGAGUGAGAAAUGCCGACUUGAGCUGCUCAACUGUCCAGCUUUCGUGCAGGGAGCCCGCAAGCUGCAGCAGUUUGCGGUGGAGGCCGCCGAGGGCGAGAUUGUUGACGAUGGUGAAACGCCAGCCGGUCCGAUUCCUGAGCACGAGAUGUCUACGUCUGAUGCUACAUGGGCGAGACAUGGCAGUGCUCUGGUCUUGCGUUUUCCAUGCUUCGAGGAGGCAUGGCUUGCUAGAGAACGUUUGAGGAGCUUGUCAAUGGAAGGUCGUGAAGUCGUUUGUGAAUUUCCGCCCUGGCGUCCAGUCUGCACUGCGGUGGACUCAAGGGGCGUCGGACUGGAUGAGCCUGUCCUGAUGGACAUGCCGAUCCCAAGAGCGAGCGCUCGCUACGGGCGCCACGGCGAUCCAGUUAUUCGGUUUGGUAUUGCGGAAGAGGAGUGCUCACUGCGCGACUCGGAUGCUUAG